AUGACCACCACCGCCGUUCCCGCCACCGCGCACAUUAGUAGCGGCUGCCGCUAUUCAGUUAUUCCUUUCUCGCGCCUCCCUAGAUUCUCCGUGCGGCCAUCGCGAGUCAAUUUUAGUUGCAGAGUGAAGUGCGCCGUUCUCCAUGAGACGAGGCGCGACAGCCGGCGAUCGAUCUCUAUAUCGCUUGUUUUUCUCCAUUUCUUCUCUCUAUCCAAAGAUGCUAAUGGCGCCAGCAUGUUGGACAAAUAUGUGAAGAAGAAGAAGCUUGAUCCUCUAGAGGCUUACAUACCAGCAGUCAUAUUGACCGAGUUGCAGAUCAAGGAAUUAGGGAAAUAUCUUGAAGUUGAUCAACCUAAAUUUGCUGACUGCCGGAGCUUUUUAAGGUCUGGUCCUGCAGCAUCUUUGCGUAUUAAUAUUCGAGCAGUAGCACAAUAUGCCUCUGAUGCAGGAAACGGCAAAUAUGCUUUUGACGAGGUUGAUCGAUGCCUAAGGGCCUUGGAAGAACUUGAUUCUCUGCUUUUGCGGGCAUCAAGAAAUGAUUCAGGGGCCACAGUUGAACCUAUGAAACUGAAAGUUACCACCACCAUCGACUCAUUGAACAGCCUUCUCAAAACCGUUCCAGCUGAUGUGCUGGACAAGGGGAAGGCCAUGGCCGAUGCGUACUUGGCCCCUGGAGACGACUUAGCACCUGAAAACUUUGACCCUCAGUUAAAGCAGUUGGAAUCACUACUCUAA